AUGGCAUUAGGAAAGUUUAUGGGUAAAUCUGACUCUGGCUUGUCAGAAUCCUCACAUACAUCAUUAUCAUCACAUUCUCAAAAAGCAUCUCCAGCGCCAGUAGAUACUGACGACAUCGAUGAAAAUGACGAAGCAGGCCAAAAUAUUAUCUUAGGUAUCAUUGCUCAAUUAAAACCUGGUAGUGAUCUUUCUAGAAUUACUCUUCCUACAUUUAUAUUGGAAAAAAAAUCAAUGUUAGAAAGAAUUACAAAUCAAUUAGCAUUCCCAGAGAUUGUUCUUGCAGCUCAUGAUGAACCUGAUUCAUUAAAAAGAUUUAUUAAAGUUGUACAAUGGUAUUUGGCAGGGUGGCAUAUUGCCCCCAAAGCGGUUAAAAAACCUUUAAACCCUGUUCUAGGUGAACAUUUCACAUGCUACUGGGAUUUACCUAAUAAGCAACAAGCAUUCUAUGUUUCAGAACAAACAAGCCAUCAUCCACCUGAAUCAUCAUACUUUUAUAUGAUUCCUGAAUCACAUAUCCGUGUUGAUGGUGUUGCUAUUCCUAAAUCAAAAUUUUUAGGUAAUUCCUCAGCUGCAAUGAUGGCUGGUAACACAGUUUUAACAUUCCUUGAUAUUAAAGAUCCAAAGGGUAAACCAGAAAAAUAUACUUUAACUCAACCAAAUAUGUACGUUAGAGGGAUUCUUUUUGGUAAGAUGAGAAUUGAAUUAGGUGAUCAUAUGAUUAUUAAAAGUCCAGAAUAUCAAGCAGAUAUUGAAUUUAAAACCAAAGGCUUUAUUUCUGGUACAUACGAUGCUAUUGAAGGCACUAUUAGUGAUUAUAAAGGUAAAAAUUAUUAUCAAAUUUCCGGUAAAUGGAAUGAUAUAAUGUAUAUUAAGGAUUUAAGGGAUAAAUCUGCUAAAAAGACAGUCUUGUUUGAUUGUAGCAAACAUAAACCAAGUAAGCCACUAGUUAGACCAUUAAACGAACAAGGUGAAUAUGAAUCAAGAAGAUUAUGGAGGAAAGUCACAGAUGCAUUAGCCGUUAGUAAUCAUGUGGUUGCAACUGAUGAAAAGUUUAAAAUUGAAGAAAAUCAAAGAAAUCUAGCAAAGAAAAGAUUGGACGAUGGUGUUGAAUUUAAACCUAAAUUAUUUAGAAGAGUAAAACCAGGCCAUGAUUUGGAUUAUUAUAUUUAUAAACAUAUCCCAGAAAAUGGUACUUCAGAAGAACAAAUUAGAAGUAUAUUAGAAAUUGCACCAAUAUUACCAGGUCAAAAUUUCACUGAACAAUUCGAGAUUCCUGCAUUUGAGAAACUUGAAAUUCAAAAAAAAGAACUUUCAAGAGGUCUGUAA